UAAAAAUCUUGCUCAUCACUGCCCACAGGGUCUUCAGGGGAGAAGAGAGCUUGGGUAUAGAGUUAAUUACAUUCCCCUUUGCCUGCAAGGAGCUUAGACCACUUGGGCUGAAUCAGGAGCUGAAAAAUGGCCCGAAUCAAGUUGUCCUUGCUGUUUUCUGGUAUUGUGCUUGCAAUCAUCUUAAUGCCAGAUUUUCUUGGGGCUGGUCCAGUAGGACAUACAGAAAAGGAAGAAGCUGAGUUUGCUGAAGAGAAGCCAGCCAGCUUGUUAGCCCUGAAGAAACUGACACGCAAUAAGAGGAAUGCUGUUGCUCAUUACAAACGCUUGCCUGAAUUCUGGGCCUGGUACAAGUACUAUAUGGACACCCAUAACCAGGAGGGAAUUGAGAGUUUGGACCAGCUGUACUUGAUCUACCUGCAGAAUAAGCAUCGAGUUGAGGGGGACAAUACCUACAAACAUUACCUCACCCAUCUGAGUGAGGUCUACAAGGCCUGUGCUAAAUCAGAUGACCCUGACUGCAUUCCAGAGUACACAAGCAAGCCCACAGCUAAGGUUGUUAUGCCAGCUGCCAUGAAGCAAGGUCCAGUGAAUGUGUGUAAUCCAUAUCUUGAUCCCUACUGUAUAAUUUCUGUUGGUCCUCAAGCAGCACCUGAGGAGCCUCCUCCUGCUCCUGUUGCAGUUAAAUCUCCCAGUCCCUUUCUGCUCCCCACACCCAUAAAAACCCCAUCUGGACACCAUUACUAUGCCUCAGCAUUGGAACCUUUUCUCUCAAGUGAAAAGAGAGCUGAGCUGCUCCGGAUCUGCAGCCCAUCUGAUGUAGAGUGCUUGCAGUAUCACUUACGUGCUGCUUAUGGUUAUAGACCUGCUCUUACCCCAGUGCCUUCCAAUACCUAUCUAGGAUGUGACCCUACUAAAGACCCUUACUGCAGGCCCACAAUGGUAGCCAAGACUCCAUCAAGUCUGUAUCAUGUAUACCCUCACUGUAACCCGGCUGUUGACCCUCUCUGCGUCAGUAAUAUAGCCCCAGCUGCCCAAAGUGCAGAGAAGGCUCCUAAGGAACAGUACUGCAACCCUCUGUUUGAAAAGGAUUGCAACCCACUCACUGCCAACAGGCUGGUCACACUUAAGACUCCUGUGCUGCAGUAUGUGCCACAAGGCCAGAUGACUCCCUACCACCUAGCUGCCCUAAUGAAACCAUUCCCGAUUAGCCAACAAGCGAAAUCCAGUGCUUCUGGUACCACACCAGAAUGCCAUCCAUAUGAUCCCAGCUGUAGCAGAUUUUCCCCUCUGGCUUCCACUGCGGCAGUCAAGAACAUGCAGGGUGGCAUCAUCUUACCCCACCCUGACUGUGAUCCUGAGAUUGACUAUAAUUGCCGUCUGCGCCGUGCAGAACCCAAAGACAACAGAAAGACAGCUGAGGAACCCAAGGAUGAGCUGGAAAGUGGUGAUGACGCCAGCAACGCCAAUGUAGCGCCGCAGUACCAGGUCCCACGAUUCGAGGAUUUCCUGAGGGGAUACCUGGGUCACUAUAAGAAAUAAGAGGACAUGCCAUUAUCUGAAAAGCUUUAAACACUCAACCCAGUUGUAGUGUUUUAAAAAAAAAAGGAACUCACAAACAUGCUAAAGUGUUCAGGUCAACAUAGACCUCCUGGUAAUGAAGCCAGAAUUCACACUUCAGAAUAGUUCAGAACAGGUGAAACAAGUGUUUUAUAGGGAUCAUUUCAGAUCAAUACUUUCUGAAUUUACAAUACACCAACUAUGUUUAAAUUGUGAAUGAUAUUUCAUUACAUCCCUUUGAAAAUACAAACAAUUUCAAUAUCACUUACUGCAUAAAUAACAUUUUUAAAAUCAAAAUAGUGUGGCUGCUGAUGAAAAUGAUUUCAGUUUUGUAUUAAUGACUUUGUAUUAAUGUAUUUUAUGACUAUACUCAUGUCAUGAAGUUAGCUUUACUGGAGUGUCUUGCAAAUGUAUCUUAAUAUACAUGCCACUGUCUCAGUCCUCCAACAACAACACACCAUUCUUCUAGUCAUUUAGUUUCAUUAGCGUUCUUGCUAAUCUUGUCUCUUAUAUACUGAAAGAUCACCUGAAUGAAUAAAUUAGCACAUAUAACAUUUUAAGAUACUAAGAAUUAUUAGUUGUUAUAAAUAUGAUAUUAUAUUAUGAUUUGGCUGUAGGCAUGAGGCCUCAACAUUUAUAUCUAGUACUCGAUUUGUAUGUAUGUAACCUUUAGGUAUGUCUUUUUAAAUGUAGUGCUCAGAUAAUUAUUCCUACUCAUUUUCUUUAAACAUAUCUUUGUUUAUGCUUAUGAAUACAUACUUUUUUGUUCAUAAUUAUAAGUAUAAUGUUAAAAGACAUCUGUGCAUGUGUGUAUAUUUUAAGUGGAUAUAUAUAAUGUGCUUCUACACAUUAGAAGUAUAUUAAAUAGCCAAAACAAAGGUGUCUCGAUAUUUAUUUCUCCUAAUGGUAUCACAAAUGCCCAGAAGCCUGCUCUUUAAUAAACAUUAUUUUCAAAUA